GUUCGCGCAACGGCCCUACAAAGUUUAGUGUUUUUUUUUAGCAUUUCGAACUGUUCCAGAAUCCGAUCCGGGAAAUAAUUGCGCAAAACGAUGAUGCAGAUGAGCGAGUACAAGGUGGUGCCGCAGAACGCGCCGCAGGAUGACACGGUGGUCCGCCAGCCGCAGGCGGUGAAUCCCGGAAACAAUGCCAACGGCGGAGGAGCUGAGAACUGGAUGUCGAUACCCGUGGGCAUGCCCAACUGCCCGCAGGGCCUCGAGUACUUGACCGCCCUGGACCAGCUGCUCGUGUCGCAGAAGAUCGAGAAACUGGAGCUGAUCACCGGCUUCGAGACGAAGAAUCGCUUCAAGGUGAAGAAUUCCCUAGGGCAGAACGUUUAUUUCGCCUACGAGGAGAGCGAUUGCUGCACCCGCAACAUGCUCGGCCGCUCGCGUCCCUUCGAAAUGAAGAUCCUGGACAAUUUCCAGAACGAGGUGCUCCACCUGUACCGGCCAUUCAAAUGCGACAUACUCUGCUGCUUCCCCAGCUGCAUGAACGCCGUGGAGGUGUCAGCGCCACCGGGCCAGGUGAUCGGGAGCGUGGAGCAGGUCUGCACCUUCCUGCGGCCCAAGUUCAACAUCAAGAACACCUUCGGCGACGUUGUCCUGCAAAUCGAGGGACCCCUGUGCCCCUGCAAAUGCUUCAGCGAUACCAACUUCAAGGUAUUGAGUGCCAAUAACGAGGAGAUCGGCAAAAUAAGCAAACAAUGGUCUGGAUUGGGAAGGGAGCUGUUCACCGAUGCGGAUUACUUCAGCGUCACCUUCCCCCUGAAUCUGGAUGUUCGCAUGAAGGCACUGGUAUUCGCAGCGCUCUUUUUGAUCGACGCGGUUUACUACGAGCAAUAAGCUGAUGCACCAAUCGAAUGGAAAAUCGACAAACACUCAGACAUUAUUAUUAUUAUCGCCGACUGCUUUUUGGUUCGACGUGCUGCAUCGUCAUAGCUCUAAGAUUUUUUUAACCCCUUAUUUAAUCAACGUUUCCGGGAAUCAGAAAUGUGCAACGCUUUGAUCGAUUUGGAAUGAAUCUCCGCAAGCAACAGGAAUCUCGCCGCACAACUUUCAUCCAAACUGCAGUUGCACCUGGGUUUUGGCAUUUAAAACACAAAGCGCACAACAAUGUAGCACAUACAGACUAAACACGAGAAGGAAAAGAAACAAAUAAGAUAAACAGACGAGAACGAGUGCCUUAUGACGUCCUAGUUGUUAUUGUCGUCGCCCCGCCCCCGUUUCCCCGAUUUAUAUACCUCGACAUACUACUUAGCUUUGUUGUACCCAAAGGUCGGAGCACAGGAUUACUUAACUGCAACCAUGGCGUACCUAACUAAUUUACUAUUACCUAUUACCUAUGACAAAUGUUCAUAUAUUUUUGUAUGAAACAACUAAUCGCAAUCGAAUUGUUAAUCAUUAUGUGUGGCCCCAAAAGGCAACUCUCGUUCUCUUGUGGCGCCACGAAAUUUAAAUCACUUAUACAUUGUACUUCAUCAAUUUAUUUAUCUCUCAGUUAUGCUGUAAAAUAAACAAAAUAUAUAUUUUUUACAAAACAAA